UUCUGACAAGUGCAUGAAAUGUCAAAACCGUCAAACAAAACCUCAAAUCGGCAAAAAAACAAUAUUUUACAAAACCAUCUCGGUACAUUACUUUAUCUUCGGUAAUUUUGAUACUUCUCAGUGUAAUUAUGUCGCAAUCGAAGGCGGAUGCGGGUGCGUCUACUGAUGAAGAGCCGUUGAAAGAUGUGUUCGACCAGGCCAUGAAGAUGUUUGAAAAGAUAGAAAGCAGUAAUGAGCCGACGAACAGCGAUGCCGUGCAGAUUGGCCUAAAAGCGGCCAUAGCAAAGUUUGAGAAAGCCACCAACCUGGUGUCGCUAUCUGGGAUGUUCAGCAGUAACGAGAGCCUGGAGGAGCUCCCCACAGAGACGCUGCAGUACUUGCUGCUGCCCGCGCUGCUCGGCACACUGAGUUUGAAGCUGUGCGGACAGCCUCGGAAGGAGGUUAUCAACCUAGCUGAAAUUUAUUUUAGAGAUUUUCUCCAGCGGUGCAAGGACUAUGGUGUGACGGACAUAGAGGUGCCGCAGCCACCGGACAGCCAGAGCCCGAAGGUGGAGAGAGUGGUCACCGAACAAGUCAAGAUUGCUAAUAUGAUACACAGCCGUGAAGCAAAAAUAAAGCGCUACAAUGAGAUGAAAGAACUGAAAGAGAAACUGGCCACUCUCUCAAAAGCCAUGUCCUCGGAGCUGGUGGACGAUGAGACCAAGCGGGAGUACUUCACCACCAUGCUGCAGAGUUAUGUUAGUCAGGCGCUGGAUGAACUGGGGAGUAUUGAGCAGGAGAAACCGCUGCUGGAGUAUAUGGAGAAACAUGCUGGAGAGCCUAAACCGAAGAUGCCCCGGGCGCCGCCGCUGCGGCCCGUCAUCAUCGCCAAGGACGCCGUGCAGAAGGCCGUGUUCGGCGCCGGCUACCCCUCGCUGCCCACCAUGACCGUCGAGGAGUUCUACGACAAACGAGUCAGGGAUGGCAUUUUCCCUUCGGCCGCGAACAUCCCACACCAGACCAUACAGAGCACAGAAACGGAAGACGACGACGCCGAGCGAGCGAGAAAGGACCAGCUAGAGGAAGACGAUGACCCCGAGGAGCUGGCUCGCAAGAGGAACAUGGACGAGUACAAGGACGACCACCGCCGCGGGUGGGGCAACCGCUACAACCGCAGUUAGCGACCUGGUUGCUAGGCGCCGAUAGGGCUCGUUACGUGCAUCGCUGUCUAGAAUUAGAUACAGUAAACUGACGUUUAUCGUUUAAAGUUUCAUUUUGUGAUGUUAUCUACCUACCGCGCUUUGGUAAAAAUAAGUUUUUAAAGUAGUGACUAUGAGAUGUUAAAAAUUUAAAAAACUGAAUAACCAAAUUAAUUCCUUAAAUGUAAUUCAUGAUAAUAACAUUUCACGAGAACGGGUGGAUAAAUGCGACAUAAAGAGGAGAAUAGCCGGACAUACGAAAGAAAAAGACCAAGCUGAAACAUUUAAAGUAACUUUUGUUUACACGAAAGAUUCGAUUUUUUACAUGAAUUUGCCCAAUUUUGUUGUCUUUUUAGUGUUCCGUACAAAACUUUGUUUACGGAACACUUAUGGGAUCACUUCGGUCUUGUUUUCAAACGGCAGUCAAUUUACUAUACCUGAAUAGUUCUGGAUAUAAGCGUACCUGUGUUUUAAUUUUCAAAUAAUCCAAGUCAUAGUCUCCCGGCAGAUUUGUAUCUAAAAUCUGGUCUUUUAGUUAAACAUCUUUAAAAACAAUUAAUAAAUAUUUAAAAAGAUUAGGAAUGGUAACUGAACGAACUUUGUAAAAAAUUAUUCUAGUCUAACAACAGUUCCAUAAUCUAUACGAGUACAUGUUUUUAAGAAUGAGUAAUCUGUUUUAUUCUUGUACAGUAAAAUCAGGUAACUUUAGUCCACAACUUACAACUAUGGUCUAAGUUUAAGUUCCAGUAAAAUAUGCAUAAAUAUUUUUCAAAUUAUAAUGAGUAUCUAAUAUAGAAAAGAGCAUUAACAACAAAACAAAUGUAACGAGUACAAAUAAAAAAGGCUUGUUGAAAAUCACAGACAAGACAUCCUCCAGACUGAGCAUAGUCGCGCUACCCCCUCUGCCACGCAUACGGUAAUUUUACUCCAUGUUCGAGUUGAAAGUGUCUUUGUGUGACGUCCGUGUCUUUGAAUGGACCAAUCACGGCACGGGACUUCGCUCACCUCGUCCCGCACAUCCCCGCAUUUUUGGCAUCAUCGGUUGCAUGAAAUAAUUGCUUUAAACUCGGUCUAGAGGAUUCCUAGUCUAUGUUGAAAAUCAAUGUUAAAAACUACUGAAAUAAACUACCUAUAGUUACCUGAUUUUAUGGUAUUUAACAUUUACCUAACCCUCUAUUUGUAUUUAUAACUACUGAACACUGAAAGUGUAACUAUUGAAUUGUAACAAAAUCAAUAAUAUUACCCAGCAUUGUAAUUAUACUAACAAUUGUUAAAUCAGUACACUGCUGAACAAAAUAAAGGAAUUCAAUUCUCA